GAGUCCGAAUCUUCUAUCCCGCAAUUUAUGUAGCCAUAAAACAAAAACAAAAGCGUCUACUGUAUCCAUCAUUAUAUGUUCUCUUCUUUUAUUGCGCAUGUCUAUAUAUAUAUAAUAUAUAUAUAGACAUAUAGUACAUUUGAGAUAACAUAUCCAUUAUUUUUCCGCAAUAUAUAUUCCCAUUUCUUAGCUCUUUUCCCCAAUAACUCCACCUUUUCAACAAGCUUAGAGAAAAAACAUAGUGUAAGAUGGGUAGCCAGGAUUCAGAAAGAGUGAUCACAGGGUGGGCUGCUAGAGACCCUUCUGGUGUUCUCUCCCCUUACUCCUUUCCUCUCAGGAAUACAGGAGCAGAAGAUGUAUACAUAAAGGUGCUAUCCUGUGGAAUAUGUCACACUGAUCUUCAUCAAGCCAAGAAUGAUCUUGGCAUGUCUCGCUACCCUAUGGUUCCCGGACAUGAGGUGGUAGGUGAAGUGGUGGAGGUAGGAUCAAAUGUAAACAAGUUCAAAGUCGGUGAUCAGGUCGGAGUUGGGGUGAUCGUCGGAUGCUGUAGGACCUGCCAUCCUUGCAAGGCAGAAGAAGAGCAGUAUUGUAACAAGAAGAUCUGGUCCUACAAUGAUGUCUACACUGACGGUAACCCAACACAAGGAGGCUUUGCCACAAAUAUGAUUGUUGAUCAAAAGUUUAUAGUGAAAAUACCAGAUGGAAUGAAACCAGAGCAAGCAGCACCACUACUAUGUGCAGGACUGACAGUAUACAGCCCACUAAAACAUUUCGGGCUGAACAAGAGUGGGCUGAAAGGAGGGAUAUUGGGCCUGGGAGGUGUGGGCCAUAUGGGAGUAAAGAUAGCGAAAGCAAUGGGGCAUCACGUGACAGUGAUAAGCUCAUCUGAUAAGAAGAAAAAGGAAGCAUUGGAUGAUUUGGGUGCUGAUGAAUAUGUAGUGAGCUCAAAUGCUGAGAAAAUGCAAGAGUUGAGUGACUCACUUGACUACAUUAUUGACACCAUACCGGUGCAUCACCAACUCGAACCUUACCUUCCACUCUUGAAGUUGAAUGGGAAGUUGAUUUUGAAUGGUGUUAUCAGUACUCCUCUUUCGUUCCUCACUCCAAUGGUCAUGCUUGGGAGGAAGUCCAUUACAGGAAGCUUUAUAGGAAGCAUGAAGGAAACAGAGGAGAUGCUACAAUUCUGCAAUGAAAAAGGUUUAAAAUCUCAGAUUGAGAUUGUUAAGAUGGAUUACGUUAACCAAGCUAUGGAAAGGCUUGAGAAGAACGAUGUUCGAUACAGGUUCGUUGUCGAUGUUGCCGGCAGUAAGCUUGAUGAUCAAUAAGUUUUUCCGUUCACACCAUUCAUGAGUCAUGACUCAUGAGAAAGUAAGACGGGAACUUGAAUUGAAUUUGGAGAAAUAGAGAGUGGCAAACUUUAUACUUGUUUGUUUUUACUUUUUGGUUUCAAUUUGUUCAACUUUUAUUGAAUUCAUCUUCGUGACGUUGACAACUCACUGUUAACUAAAUCGUUGCGUUUGUAAUGUGUAUAUGGAUGUCAAUUACUCUCUCACUUCCUUAAAA